AUGCUGGGCGGGGCGGGGUCGCCGGGUGGCGACGACUUGCUCACCGUCACCGUCGUCCGAGAUGAACAUGGAUAUGGCAUGAAAGUUUCUGGUGAGGACCCCGUAUACGUACAGUCAGUCAAGGAGCACGGCGCCGCGUGGCGAGCUGGUCUCCGUUCCGGCGACAGGAUCCUGCGCGUCGAUUCCGUUCCAGUACAUCAUCACACACAUCAACAAGUCGUGCAUAUGAUACGAGCGAACCCAUCAACCGUGUUAACAGUACAGCAGAAUUCUUCGAGACAUAAAACGCCGAUCACAGCACCAGUGCCAGUUAACUCAGAGAAGCAGCGUCAGCUGGAGGUGUCGAAGAUUCACACUGUGCGGUUGAUGCUGGAGCAGGAACAGAAGUUCAUCAGGGAUCUCCGCAAUGAACUACUAAAAGUCCCCGACGUGAGAAAGCAAGCUCAACUGGAAUCAGCUCAGCAGCGCUGCUCAAAGCUACAACAUGAGAUCGACACGAUCACAGCCGGACAGCCGGGCUCCCCCGGCCCCGGGCCGCGGGCCUCCAAGCACCCCGAGCGCGGCGCCGGCCCCCAGCCCGGCGGCUUCCUCAGCGGCCUGCCGCGCUCGCUGUCCAACCUCACGGGCCAGAGCCUGCGCAACCUGCGCAACAGCCGCGCCAAGCAGGCCGAGCCGGCCGCGCCCGCGCCCGCGCCCGCGCCGCUGCUGCGCCAGAACUCGGACGAGGGCGCGCGGCGCCGCCCGCACUCGCACACCGUGCCGCUCGUGCCCACCACCUGCCUCGACAACGUCACGCCGCCGCCGCUGCCGCCGCGCUCCACCGACCGGCCCAAGCGGCCCAGCAUGAGUCCGCCCUUGAACCCGCUGGCCCAGCCCAAGCCCGGCCACAGCUCGCAGAAGUACUACGGCCGCUACGUUGGGGACCAGUUCUCGAUGCACCAGUCGAUGCACGAGCACCGUCGCUCGUCGCACUCGCUGGACGGGUCCCUGGACGGCGAGCUGGACGGCCCGCAGCCCAACUCCAUCGCGAUGCAGAUGAGUUACCCGCUGGUCAAUGUGCCACCGCCGCCGCUACAGACGGACAACCGGACAGGUGUGCCUGUGUUACACAUGAGAAGUCGCUCGUCUCCCGAACAACUGGACACUGACUUGAAUAGAUCAAGUCUAGUAUCGUCUCCGCUGGCGCGGACGGCGCGGUCCCCGCCCGACAGUGGCACGCCGCCCCCGGGGACUCCGCCGCCGCCGUACCAUACCAACACACAGCCAUGCGCAGACCCACAAAGAGCCAUCAUCUCAAUGGAAGAAGAUGACUCACCCGCAUCGGACACAUCGACGUACUCCGGUUUAUUCUCAAACCUGCGAUCAGUACGGGAAUCGAAGGCGCGAACAGCAGUACUGCUCAACUGGCUGCUGGGAGAGAGGAGAUGCGCGUGCGCAUGUCUGCUACUAGUACUAACGGACGGGUACCGCAGUGCGAGCGGAGUACAGACACACACUCUGCGCCGCUGGGCGUACGAGAUACACUCCACAUUCCUCGUACCCAACGCGAUUCUACAGUUGAGCGGUGUAGACGAGAACAUGGCGAAUGAAAUCGAACAUGUUUUAGUUAAUGAGUACGAAAAAGAAGAGCUCCUUCGCAAUGUGUUUCGCAAAGCUAGGCAGAAGGCCAAGGAUGAGCUGAGCCAGCAACUGACGGAGUUCCAGGUCAAGAGGCAGGUCGGCCUGGGCACGCUCUAUGGACCUGAAGAUAGCGUUAUCGACAAAUGCGAUGUCGAUAAGGCUCAGGAGCUGGUGGUGGUGGAGCAGUUGAUGUGCGGCCAGCUGCGCGCCGCCGCCGCGCUGCCGCCCGCCGCCGCGCACGCGCACGCCGCGCCGCACGGGCCCGCCGCGCGCACGGGCCCAACGCCGCGCACGCGCACGACGCGCACGCCACCUUCAUCGCCGCGCUCGUCGCCGCCGCGCUGUGUCUGCACUGCAGGUACCGCCGCCAACUACAUCAUCUACUCUCGAUACGACUUUCAAAGAAAAAGCGUAUCAUUUCUUUAA